AUGCCAUCAUCGAUUUGCUGCACAAACUGUAGAACCAAGUAUUCUCUUUUAAAUCGCGAGGCUGGUUGCUCGAGUUGUGCUCUCUCGUUUUGCAAGAAAUGCUUAGGACAUCGUGCGAUAAUUCCUACUCUUUCGGAUCAACCGAUGAUUGUAUGUUACAAUUGCUAUCAAAAGUUAGAAGCAGCGAAAAUGAAACCGGAUGCAACAAUAACUUCAGUACCGCUUUCAUCAAACCAACAGUCGUCACAAAGCUCUUCCAAAAACUGGUGGGGUGAAGGUUUACCACCUCCAUCUUUCAGAGGUUCGUAUGGUAAUCAGAAUCAAAGUGUCAACAGGGCGAUGAAUUACAAUAGGCCUGCAUCUCAGAUGCCUCAGCAGCAACCGCAAAAAAUUGCACAUGUUAACGUCGAGGAUCUGGAACAACGGCGAGCAAAACUUCGCGAAGACAUGGAACCUCCCGUUGAAGCGCUGACGAUUGAUGAGAUCGAGGAGAGACUAGCGAAGCUUCGAGAAUGUGAUGUUGAAGUGAUACGGAAUCCGAGAAGUUGGCUCACAUCAUCUUCCAAAGACGGUCCUGCAAUAAAUGCCAAUAAUCCGGCAGAACUGAUGCGAAUAGCCGAAGAUCGAGCUAGGAUAGAGCAGAAAGAAGAGGAAAUGGAAGCGAAGGAUUGGGAGGAGUUGGAAGCUAGAAGAAGAAAAAUAUUUGAUAAAGAGCCUGAAGAAGGGGAAAAGGAAGAUACUGCAGUGAGAGAGUCGAUGGUUUCUGGAAGUACGGAAUUCAGCGAAGCAACGAAAGAAGAAAUGAAUGAAAUUAAUAACUUACUAAUAGACGCUGAAAAACGAUGUGCAGAAACGAAGAAACAGGAGGAGCACGAUGCUUCUGAAAUGCGAAAUUUGAUGAAAGCUUCUCGUCAGAAGUCGUUGGAUGCUAUGCAAUGGAACGACAAAAUCACCAAAGAAAUCGGCGGUUUUUGGGAUCGUCAAAAUGCAAAAAGUGAAGAAGAAGAUGAGGAUGAUAAGUCUCUAGACGAAGAGACGUUCAAGAAAAUUCUUCAUGAAGCUGAAAAUUCUGUAGACGUCGAACCUCCUACUGAGGAAAAUACCACAACAACCGCGCCAAACUCUUUCUCGUCCCCAAAAAAGAAAGGAUUCUUUGAGAAGUUGUUCCGAAAAGAUUCUAAGCAAUAA